GACAAAAGUUGUUGACCUGUGUGCUGCUCUUGGUAGUUGGAGUCAAGUAUUAAGUAAGAAAUUACUGUAAGGCAUUGAUGAUUUGCUUUAGCAUUUUCAAUAGCCUAGUCUCAAUAUUAUCCAUUGGUGUUUUUUGUUACAGUUCUGGUGAAACUCAUAGAGAUACUAAAAUUGUAGCAGUUGAUUUGCAGCAGAUGGCUCUACUCCCUGAUGUCAUUCAGAUACAAGGAGAUAUCACUAAAGAAUCCACAGCAAAAGAAAUAGCAUCUCAUUUUGAGGGCUCAUAUGCUGAUCUAGUUGUAUGUGAUGGAGCACCUGAUGUGACUGGCCUACAUGACUUAGAUUAAUAUAUUCAAUUUCACCUUCUACUUGCAGCUCUUAAUAUCACAACUGAUGUAUUGAGUAUUGGUGGUACAUUUGUGGCUAAGAUAUGUCAUGGUAAAGAUGUAAACCUUUUGUUUCGCCAACUCUCACUCUUUUUCUCUUCAGUGCAUUGUGUUAAACCUCGUAGCAGUUGUAAUUCAAGUAUUAAAUCAUUCGUCAUAUGUGUUACAUAUAGCCCAACUGGUUACAUACUGUCAAUGGAUAAUCCACUCCUGCAGGUUAAUGCAUUCAACUUGUCAAGUUUACCAGAAGUCAAUAAAUCUGUUGUGCCAUUCAUAGCAUGUGGAGAUCUUAGUCAGUUUGACUCAGAUAUGACAUACCCUAUUGAAGAAGAUUGUUGUCUUCCUCCAGUGCAAGCUCCAAUUAAUCCUCCAUACAAGACAGCAUGUACUAUGAAACAUGGUGACAUUAUUAGUGCUAUAAAUAGAUUGAGUUUAGAAGAUAAAAACUGAGCCAUGAGUUGUGACUAUUAUUUCUCAUGUU